CGGAUAAGCUCUGGCGCGGGCACAUAGACCUGGCGAUAAGUGCGUACCUUGCACCCUGGACCUCUUUGUUUGCGUCCCGCAUCCCUAGAGCAAAAGCUCAAGUUCCACCACGACCACGACCAGCCGCGGCCACCAGCACCUCCGUCCCGUCCCACAAACCGCACCUAUCCAUCCCAACGAAGCUGCAGAUCGCUGUCGUAACUCUCCCUAGAUGGAUUUUUGGAAUCGGCUCAUCGGCGGCUCCGGCUCCUCGAGCUCUACGCAAAAAGCUCCUCCACCGCCUACGACUCCCGAGCAACGUCUCGCAAAGUUCAAACGUGUCUGGCAGCAGCUACUGGGCUCGUGGCGAAACACAAGAGACAACGACCCCCACUCCCAGGAGACGCUGCGCGGCUACAUCAAGCGGUUGACGGAUCUGUUGAUCGAGGAGGAGAAGCGGUCGACGAGACUGUGCAUGAACUUUUGCUACGAGCAGCAGGUCUUCAUUGCGCUAUCGAAGAUCGGACAGUCCGGAUCUCCAGCUGUCAUCCGGGAGUGUAUAGUUGCGUUUUCAACCCUGAUCGACAAUGAAGACGAGGAUUUUCUAGGUCACGAGAGCUUUGCGCACAGCUUGAUCGCCUUCCUGAAGGCUACGAGUCAGCGCUCGGUUCCGUCGUUUGAGGGCGAGUUCGUAGAGCUGCUGUUCAGCAUCGCUUCCAAGAUCCGAUCGAGCCCGGGGAUUCUGCGGGUGUGGUUUACGAAUAGCGCCGGCGAAGGGGGCGGGAAACAUUAUGAGAGCCUGGAGCCUCGGGAGCGGUUUGCGGGUAUGACGAAUAAAGAGGAUUUCCCAUUGUUUUAUCUCUUGAUUGACUACGUCCAUCAGGAAGGCAAGGUAGGGGACUUUGCUAGGACAGGACUGCUCUACAUCGUCGAGGCCGCGUCUUCGUCGGGCGCGUUGGAGCGGUGGAUAGUAGAAAGCGACCUGGCGACCUUGAUGGCUUCCGGGUUGGGGGCUUUGUAUAGUCAGUUGAGCAGAAAACUUGCGAUAACCUAUUCGACCGAAGAGCCACCUACGAUCCUCGUGCUUUCCGACUUUGUUCCUCAGCCUGCAUCGGGGGCGGAGACGCCGAACUCGCCGGAGUUCAAGACGCAUCUCGAUACCUUCCUCUCCUACCUAACGUUCUGGCAGGAUGUAUUGGAGCAUUGCCGUUCCGCAGAAGUAAAGCAGACACUACUAGACCACUUUCAAGUGUUGUUUCUGCAGCAGCUGCUAUAUCCUUCACUGCUCGAAUCCUCGGAUGCCGACGGUGGAUCCUCCGUAGCUGUUCUGACGUAUGUUCGUGUCGUCCUUGACACGCUGGAUUACCCCGACAUCAUCCACCUGAUCCUCUCGUACCUCAUGAAUAUGCCAGAGAACCCAGAAUCCAUGCAGGUGCAGUCGCGCACCAAGAGACGACAAUCCCUAGAUAUGCUGUCGAGAGCAGCGGAUGUGAUGGACAGCCCUACUCCAGCCAUCUAUAGUCUGGCGGACCUGAUAAUGACCAGUCUUGCGUCGAAAUCGCAGCAGACCGUGGCAACGACCCUGAGACUGGUAUCCACAAUCCUGCGAAAACACUAUCCAUACUCCAUGCACACUCUUCUCAAAACCAUACCCGUGUCGGGCAGCUCCCCAACACGCACGAUCGGCGCGCACAACGCCGAGAUGGAGAUGCUCUUCCAGAUGGUGGCUGAUCUAACCGGCGAAGGAAGGGACUCGGCGCAGACUUACGGUGACCAUCUCAAAGACUGUCAAGGCCUGUUGGAGUCUCACCCUUGCACCACGAAGUUCUUGGGUCUUCGCGGGAACAUCGUGGGCGGUAGUGGUAUCAGCAGCGGUGAAGAUAGACUGGCACGGAUGCACAUGCACACGCUGAGCCCUCACGACCCCUUCCUCCGACACCUGGUGGAUCUUCUCGCCGCCUUCUUCUCAAAUACGGUAGAAACCAACCUGGUCCUCACAUGCGUCAUCGUCGACCUCGCCGCGCCGGCUUACAUGCGUCCCGAAGGCUGGCUCUACUACGACCCAGCACACUACGAGUUCCCCGAAGACGACGAUUCCGACAAUGAAGACGAUGAGCUGGACACGAUGGAAGAAGAGCUCGCUGCGAUCCUCGGCGACACCACUCUCCUCUCGACCGAAGACCUCUUUGCCGAGAAGGACCGCCGCCGCCUCCGCGAAAUCAAGCUCGCGCGGCGCCACCCGCGGCUCCGGCGGCGCCAUGCACCGCCCAUAAUCGAAGCGCUGCAAGACCUCGUCGCCCAGAUCGCCGCAUACCGUCGGGACAUCCCCGACCUCGACGACAAGCUCAUGGAGCGGCGACGGGCCUUCGAAUUCACCGACGAAAUCAACGAUGCCCUAGCCAGUACGCAGACCUCGCAACCGCCCCCGCUGCCCAAGCAGCCAUCGCCGUCCUUCCCCAUGCCCAUGCUCGAUCCCUUCUCGGCGCGCAACCUCAUCCUCGGCCCCGAUGUCGCCCGCGGCCGCACCCAGUUCCUCUCCCCGACCCCCUCCUCCCGCGGCGUGUCGCCCGCUAUAGACCCCAACUCCCCCUUCGAAAGCCACAUCGCCGACACGACGACGCGCAGGAUCAAAGUCCUCAUGCCCGGGCAGAAGGGACUGCACCUACCGCCGCCGCCAGAGUCGGAAGAGGGGAAUGGAGAGGAUACUCCCGAGGUGCUGCAUUCGCCCCCGUCGACGAGAAAUCAGCAGCAGGGUGACUUUACCCUGAGCCAUCUAUUAACCAAUAUCAUGAUCUUGCAGGAGUUCAUUUUGGAGCUGGCGGCACUGACACAGGUCCGCGCGGCGCUGUUCGCUGAUGUUAAGUUUGCGUGAGCGGUUGGUUGGUGAUGGGUGUGGGUGUGGGUGUGGGUGUGGGAGGGAGGCAGUCGUCUCGUUUUGUUUUUUUGGUUGUUAUCAUAUUUUAGAGCGAAUGACCGG